AAGCUAAAUAUGGAGCCACAGUACAGAAAAGGCUGACAAAUGAUAGGACGGGAGGAAAUGUUCUUCUCUCUCUCUGUCUCCUUCCAUCUCUCAGUAAACUCCCAAAAUUGCAGAACUUCAUACAGGAGGCUUAGAAACUAAUUUCCGAUGUAAAAGCUGCUGAAUCUUUGGUUUUGUGUUCCUCCUCCGGCUACUGCAGGACGAAGAUCCUCACUUCAGUUUGUUUUGAACUCGCUGCAGUGGGUUUUGGUUUUCUCUCUCUUCUCUCAGGUUCUCCAUCAUGCUCCAUCAUUUUUUUCUGGUGAUCGGAGCCCUGGUCUCAUUGGCCGUACCCCUGCUGGUCGCCAUUGAGACCUGCCCAGCGACAGGGAUCCCCGGGAUACCAGGUAUGCCUGGGCUGCCUGGCAGAGACGGUCGUGAUGGAGAGAAAGGACAGAAAGGCCAACCAGGAGCAGUGUGGCGAGGCGGCCUCGGCCCACAGAAGGGAGAGAAGGGGGAGCCGGGGCCGAUGGGAUUCCCCGGUAAACGAGGUCAGAGCGGGGAAAUAGGGGAACCAGGGGCACCAGGGCCUGCCGGACCUCCGGGAGAACCAGGAGACACCGGGACCGCUGGCUUCCAGCAGAAAGCGGCCUUCAGCGUUGCCAGAGGGACCAACGAAUACCCAGACAAAGCCAGCGUCAUUCGGUUCACCACAGUCAUCACCAACCUUAACAAUGACUACAACACCGUGACAGGACAUUUCCGGUGUCGGAUCCCGGGCACGUACUACUUUGUGUUCCACGCAUCUUUAGAGGACCGACUCUGUGUGCUGCUGAAGCUGGACCAAACACUGCUGACGGCGUUCUGCGAUCAUCGCCGUGGGAGGAGACAGACGACUUCGGGCAGCCUGGCAGUCUACCUGUCAAGGGACCAGGAGGUUUGGCUGGAGACUAAAGACUACAGAGGGAUGAGAGGAAAACCGAGCGGUUACAGCAUCUUCUCCGGCUUCCUGCUGCACCCUCACUGACCCAGAGGACAGGGAAAGCGAAAAAACAGCCUCACUUAUACUUAACGUUUUUAGAGCCACACUCCAAGGCUGAAGCUACUGGCAAAAUGAUGUCUCUCCUUCCUUCUCACUGACCCUUUCGCCUUUUUAAAAAGCACGCACUGAUUACCUCUCAUGUUCAAAUUUCAUUUUUCGGAAACAAUUUUUAACAAUUUACGAUUUGCGGUGUAAUUUAGUUGUGGGAAUCAGGCACUAAUGAAAUACUUACUGGUACUUAAAUGUAUGUACAGUGGGAAAAAAAAAACACCUUGCACACCCAGAGUUUGUGUUAAUGCGUGUGUUUAUAUUAUAGAACGAUUUAGUCACUUUUAAGAAAGAAGGGAUUUGUCUCCACUAGUGAUCGGGUUUGCUAUUUGUUUAUCACCCUUGAAACUCGUUUAUCACCAAAUGCAUAGGACUGAUGCCAUUUACAGUUGAAUAUAUCAUACAUCAGAUCCAAUUCACUGUGUUGAUUUUAUCUUCUUUGUCUGACAGCAAACAAAUGAUUUGAACUGGAAAACCCAAUAAACCCGAAUAAAGGGCUUGAAAACAA